AUGGAGACCGUCAUAGAUGCUCACGGAGACGACAGCGGCCACGCCAGGGACGAUGGCCGCGCCAGAUACAACGCUGCUGCCCCCGCGCUCACGAAACUACUCAUCGUUGCAUGCGUUGUCCUGUACUGUUCGCCCCUGGGAGUCCGCCAUGCAGUUCGGGAUGUAGUUGGCUCUAUCCUCACGGUAUUGGUGGGCUGUCUAGUGUUCUGCGUAAUGCUCUGUGUGGCUGUCGCUGCAAUUCUAUAUAUUGCCCUCCGUGAAGAGGCUGAGCAGGAGCGGGGGCCGCCGGUUGGGAUUGAUGCUGGCAUGAUGAUUGAGAGGAGACGCGGGAUGGGCUCUUAGGUGAUGUAGGAACGGGCAAAAGGUGGC